AUGGCGGUAAUCUCCACCUCACGACCACACAUCCUCAUCAUUCCCGGCGCAUGGUAUCCGGCUUCUACCAUGGCCUCCUUCGCCAAAGCCCUCGAAGCAGCAGGCUUUCCCACCACUGUGGUACCCACCCGCAGCGUAGGCACCAGGGACGUCAGCGUCCAAGACGACGAGGCGCAGUCCAAGGCUCUCCUCCUGCCUCUACUUGACAAAGGCAAAGAUGUCAUUGUCCUUGGCCAUUCAUAUGGCGGAGAGGCGCAGGGCCUGAAUGGAGGCAUCAUUGGCGUGAUUUAUCUUGCUGCGUUUAUGCUGAUUGAGGGCGAGACGACCUUUGAGAUGGCGGGUGGUUCCGCAUGUCCAUUUGUCUCGGCAGAUGAUAUUAAAGAGACCGUCCUUUUGUUAUCAAAAGACCAAAAACACUACUUCUACAACGACCUCUCAGACGAGAUAGCCGAACACAUCAUCGCAGCCGUCAAGGGACACUCCGGAGCGGCAACCAUGUCAGCUCCUUUGGCAAUAGGAUGGAGGGGAAAGGCAUACGAUGGCCACCACGCAUAUAUUCGCGCUAUUCAGGACAAUACCGUGCCCCUGAAACACCAGGAUGAAAAUAUUGCUCGGUCGGGAGUCGAGUGGCUGGUGAAGUCGGUGGAUGCUUCGCACAGUUUGUUUGUGUCGAAGACGGACGGGGUGGUUGGUUUGGUUGCGGAGUUGGUGGUGGAGUUUGCAAAGAGUUGAAAAGGGUUGAAUGUUGGGGACAAUAAAAAGUAUACGGUGUUUUUAUUACUCGGGAUGUUUGUUUGCUAGUACAGUGAGCGAGUUAGUAUUGUGCAAGAUAUGGGGAGAUAUGGG